AUGCCGGUAGUGCUUGUUACACUGGCAGGGUUGAUCUCCCGGCUUUGUGACCUUAUACCCGUGAAUUUUGCAACGCCUUCUUUGCCACCGUGGUCUACACAAAAGAGCUGUCACGAUAUCCAGCCAAAAAGUACGAUUUACGGGGGCCGUUUGGGGAUACAUAACUUAUCGAGCACAUCGCACAUACGCUCCAAAACAUUCUGCCACCAGGUCGUGGAAACCGCCCUCAACAUUCCAAUGGCGUCGGCAUUUGAACUCGACGGGCCAGUAUUCCAUACAGCACCCACCCACGAGCUUCCAAUUCGUGCAUCAAGUCUUCUAGAAGAAGAAACUGGGGCGGACCGACGAGCCCAUGGCCAUAAUCUCCAUACUCAUAGCCCUAUGAGCACAAGCAGACUGUCUGACGACUCCUCAGCGCUAUCCAUCGCCACGGAAAUGUCCCAUGAUCAAUCCUUUUCAUAUGGUAUGGAAAAGGGGUUCUGGAGGGUUCGUCAAGGAGCACAAGAACUGCUUCGCUUCGCUGAAUUAUACAGCCAACACCGAGCUUCCCAGAUGACACCAGCCGACGAUUCGUUCGUCCUCCAUGCGCUGCCGAAACAGAUUGACCUCGUGUCGAUGACCCAACUAUCAUGGGGUUUGCUCCAUGCUGUUAGCGACAUCAACGUCCACAGCCGCAAGGCAACCGAAACCCUUGAAUGGAUGCACGAAGACGACAAGCCGUCAAAUGCGAAGAGGCGGAAGCGGUCAAGGAGGCAAGAUAGCGACAUCAGCAGCACGGCAGCUUGCAAAAAGUGUGGUGUGAUGGAUAGCCCUCGAUGGCGAGUAGGGCCUGCUGGGCCAGCAACGCUUUGCAAUGUGUGCGGGCUGCUGUAUGCAAAGCGCAGCCGGAGGCAUGGGUCUGGUUCUGAAUCCCAGUCGGCAGCUCGAUGA